UAGGCGUUCUGUGCCCGCUGAAAGGUGAAGACCUGACCUGAGGAAGAUCUGGUGGAACUGGAACUGGAGCAAGCAGGGUUGGGGUUCCUCGGAAAAACUAGCAUUUCCCCAGCCCACCAUGGCCGACGAAAUUGAUUUCACUACCGGAGAUGCUGGGGCUUCCAGCACUUAUCCUAUGCAGUGCUCGGCCCUGCGCAAAAAUGGCUUUGUGGUGCUCAAAGGACGACCAUGCAAAAUAGUGGAGAUGUCAACUUCCAAAACUGGAAAGCACGGUCAUGCCAAGGUACACCUUGUUGGAAUUGAUAUUUUCACAGGCAAAAAAUAUGAAGAUAUUUGCCCUUCUACUCAUAACAUGGAUGUUCCAAAUAUUAAGAGAAAUGAUUAUCAACUGAUAUGCAUUCAGGAUGGUUACCUUUCCCUGCUGACAGAAACUGGUGAAGUUCGUGAGGAUCUUAAACUGCCAGAAGGUGAACUAGGCAAAGAAAUAGAAGGAAAGUACAAUGCAGGUGAAGAUGUGCAGGUGUCUGUCAUGUGUGCAAUGAGUGAAGAAUAUGCUGUAGCCAUAAAGCCCUGCAAAUAAAUGGGGACAUAAGGCAUGAGCAAACAGUUUAGGUCUGGAUCAACUGCAGAUCUAAAGUUUGGUUCUAAGUUGUCACCAAAGCUAUGGCCUUCAUAAGCAACCUCAUUUUUGUUUUUUUUAACUGUUUUGAAAUUGUGCUGGUUCAUUUUGCUGGUA